CAUUAUAUAUAGCAAACAGUGACUUCUUUGACCUAUAGCCUGGAUCCUUGUCUAACAACUGGACUUCCUCAGUCCUUUCUAAGGACCAAAAUCUAGAGGUAUGUUUAAAGUGAAGGGUUCGCUGAUUCACCACAAAAACAAUAAUAACCAACAUUCACUCAAUCUCGUUUGUGCAGCAGCCAGCCACCGUAGCGAGUUGAAGAUAUGUAUUCACUACAGCAAGGUCCUUUUGGCAACGCUAAGCAGUUUCUCAUCUUUAAAGGCAUCGACUUCUCCGACUUUGCAACUUCCUUCGAAUCAACAUCUCAAUAGAUUUGACAAACAUACAACUUGGAAAAUCUUCUUGAUUCCUUGUGCCUAUAAACAUCUUUCGAAUAUCUUCUUCUCCAGAAGACCGAUUUUCCGUUUCGACCUACUCCCUGCAAUUUCUGUACCAAAUCCAUCCUCGAGCAACGAUUCAUCAGCCGAUCUAUCUCAGAACGGUAACUUGAAUCCCACAUUCCAAAAUGAUCAGAGGGCGCCUACUCCACAAGCUUUCGGGUUAGGUCGCAUGCUUAAUCCUCUUCCUCAACUCUAUCCAGUACAGCAGCAUUAUCAGGGCCCAGCAGCUUUCUCUCAGCGAAACUACCAAGUAUAUGACCCCCUGCACUUCCAGUCCAACUAUGGUACCAAUCCUGGUAAUGUUCCAUCGUACCAAGACCCAGAAAUACCUCAAUAUGGGAGACUCAAUCAAGGAGGAAACCCUCUCCAGCAAUUUGGCAUGUCUCCACAGAUCAACGGUAAUCUAGGGCACCAAGUCAGUCCAGACACUCAAGGAUACCGGCAGUACAAUGCUCUUAUGCAGCCGUCAUCUCCAAUACCACAAGUAUACACUAGGCGCAACAAUGCCUUCCGUUCAGGUGUACCCGUGCCAUCUAGCCGACGAGGACGACCUCAAUACAAUAGUCCUCUGCGUCCAACCGUAGCAGAUGCAUAUAGUUCUCAUAGGGGUACCCAUCCGACCCCUCUUUCUGAUCAAUCUUCACUGGCUACCCCAGUCAACAAUAGAUUGAGUCAGAAGGUAGAGAAUUCCUCAGUGCAAUGGACGUCGCAGCCAACAUCAUUUGGCUCUCGGGUACCACAAUCAACACCAGCAGGCAAGUCUGACAGCAGUGGCAGUGCCACUCCUGAAAAUGACGAUAUUGCCAUCCAACGAAAACCAGCCAUGGUACCCAAGAAGUACCACUUGCUCGCCGAGCAUCUAAUGCCGGGGUGCAUUGUAUGGCUUUCCAACUACGAGGACGGGCACGAACCAAUCAUCUGUGUCCAAAACCACGAAUGCAACGACAAGGUCAAAGACAAGGAUGGCCGCAAUCAUCCAGUAAUGAUCUUGAGGAUCAACCAACGUCGUGGUUCCAACAUCGUUGGUGACGUCAUACUUGACGUUGCACUGAUGACAACCCUCAGUGGUAUGCCUCUGGACAAGUAUGUAAACAAGCUGCGCACACUUGGACCAGAUCCUUCAACGCAAUGGUAUCUUAAAGAAACUAUGCCAUUGUCGUGGGUGCCACAACAAACACUCCAGGUGAAGGGUGACAAGCUCGACGCUGUGCGGAAACACGAGCAGAACCAAGAGUCACAGCACCACGCUGAGCUCAAUCAACGAGGCAACACCUUGUUGUUUCUCUCGCGAGGGAGCAUGCAGAGACGAUCGUACAUGCGUGUACAUCACAUCUACGCUGUUCCCAUAAAGCAACUUCAAGCUUGCAGUCGGUACGCAAAGCUUGCCCACAUGGUCCGCUUGGACGAGUGUGGAUACCGAAGGGUAAUGGAAGUCUUGAACCUGGUACCCGAGCCUUGGGAAUCCAGUAUCGAGAGAAGUGUUGCGGCUGCUCCGCAACGCCUUGGAAACCUUCGAGACGAGGAAAUGGCACAAUUCAACGCCAUUCAAUUGGCUGAAAGCCAAGCUCGUCGAGAUGAAGCUGUCAUGCAGCAAGGUCUGAAUGUCGCGCAGCAAAGCCCAUUGGGUAAUGCCUCUAGCGUUGAGACCGAGGGUCGCGAGUUCUGUUGA